AUGGUUUCAGAUGUCAAGUCCUGCACAGCUGCCAUUUUCAAUCUUGACGCAAAGUUCUUCAUCCGAGGGUAUGCAUGGGAUUCAGAGCCUGCAUGCCGCGCCCUGCUCCUUAACCCUCAAGGUGCAUACAUGAAGUUUGCGCCCGUGCUCUUCCCUCGCCCAGAACAUUUAUUCCAAGACGACUUUCUGAAAAUGUCAAAGCUCGUUUUUAUCCUGAAAGCAUCGCUUUUCGGGCGAUCCUCGCUAGCUGCCAAUGCACCCCCAACACCCAAAACCAAGGCUAAGAUAUGGGAGUUGCAUUGUGUCACUCCAGGCCUCAUUGCAGCGGCAGCAAUUGUUGCUAUCUUUAUUCUUUCUGGCGACAAAGAACUAGUCGAGAUAGGCGAUAAAUCCCAAAUCUCAUACAAGGAGUAUCACAACUAUUAUCGUCAAUCUCUGAUGACCGGUGGUGCCUGGGCAGAUAGCAUUUACACCUUCUUCAACAACUCUCUUUUUGCUACUUCUUCCUCUGCGACUACUCUCCUUGGAGACCUGAGGGGUGAGAAUACUUUGCGCGACACCUGGGAACAGGAUUUCGAGCGCGCAAUGGAAAUGGGUGGUGAUCUGCCAGAACCUGAUGUUCCUCGAGCUGCAUCACCACUCACUGAAGAAGAUGCCCCACUAUCAACUGCUAAUAGUGUGGCCAUUGACAAAACACCAAUCAUCGUCGGCACACCUCAAUCUAUAUCUGCGGCUAUGCAAGGUCUUGCUAUGGCAGAGGACUGCAAGCUAUUAAUACCACCUAUUGAUAACACAGCUGCACUCAACGAAGGCUCACAGCCACCCAUUCCUCUCGUUCAGAAGCCUAAGCCCAAGCCCAAGCCCAGGCGCAAGACUAAGGCUGGUGCUGGUGCUGAGGGCCCAGGUGCUGCUGCUGAGGAUCUUGAAGUGCGAAGGUCUGGCCGAUCGAAGAAGUAG